AUGAAGCUACACAUCCUGGGACCGGCUUUUGGACUGCCAUCAAUAGACGCAGAAUGCAUUGCAGCGGUCGCAUUAGUGGAGCGCUACACGCAGGGCAGUGGACAGGCAUGGGCUUUGGUGGCCAGCCAUGAAGCGGCGGCAGACACUCGACUCCCCUGUCUUCAAGUUGGCGACAAGACAUACUCUGGCUUCGACAGGAUAGCACAGCACCUCAUUGAUGAGGCUGGCGGCGCUGUUCCUGGUCUGGCCACGGAUCUAACAGCACAGCAACAAGCAGAUGCGACGGCACUGAUGACUUUCAUCAAGUCCGAGGGUCAGCUUCUGCUCGACAUCUCUCUGUACGUGUCAUUCGAGAACUACCGUAAUCGCACACGCUCCGCCUUCACAAAGAUCCUGCCCUGGUACGCCAAUUUCGUCGUUCCUCCCCAGCGUCGCAACCAGGCCAGACAGCGCACUCAGCACCUCGGUGUCUCCAGCCUCGACGUCGACGAUUUUCACGAAGAUGUCAUCGACAAGCCGUCGAGUAUGCAGUCAGAACAGCAGAAGAAGCCCUUUGAGCACGAGACGGAGAAACAUGCCAGGAGACUGCUGGGUCGUAGAGACACUGUCCGCACUCUACUACAGCAGCCAGAACACGCUGCCGCCUUCAGGUUGAACGCCUUGGCCGACAAUCUCUUCGAACCGCUGCAGGACCUGCUGAAGAAUCAGUCUAAUCUCUUGGGUACCGAUCAGCCUGCCAUCGUCGAUUGCCUGGCCUUUGGUUACCUGAGCUUGAUGUUUUACCCUAAGAUGCCUCAGAACUGGCUGGCCUCUACUAUGCGUCUCAGGUAUCAGAAACUGGUCUAUUAUUUGGGCUCUUUGAGAGACACCCUUCGAGUCGAUGCUCACCCUGAUGAAGCCUUGAGCGCUGUCUCGCAAUCUGAAAAGGGCGCUGCUGACCUCCCCUGGGUAUCACCACAAUCCUUCAGUCCAAUUGCCGUCCUCGGCUACAUCGGUCAAUGUCUCUUUCAUCAGCUCCCUCUACCGAAGAGUGACGCUGGCUUGGUACACUUGCCAAUCAGACGUCCACGUUCUCUCGUACAAAGAUAUUUCCCUGCGCUUCUUGGUCUGACAUCAACAUCCCUCGCGUUACUGGCGUUCUGGUCUUACAAGAACCUCGCAUGGCCGCACGGAGAAGCUGUCCAUUUCUUUGGCAGAAGGAGACUUGUUGAUUAUGGCGAUGCUGGAGCAACACUUUCUGCACUGGGUAGUCUAGGUCUACAGAUGCAACAACAGCAACAGCAGAGCUAA